AGUUUCCGGAGAGGCCUAAUGAAAAGGGAGGCGGGGCGCCUCUCGCUUCUUCAUCCUCCGUCUUUCUGUUUUUUUGAGGGACUGAACUCUCGAACAUCUUGCGCAUGGGGGUAAUGUGAGAGCUGUCUUUUGGCCAAGUUGCACACCUGAAAACUUCCUGCGACAGAAGUCUCAUGUUUCAUUUUCGCCUUCUGUCCACCUGCUUUCGGCCUCGCAAGUUUAACCCCUCUUCAACUGACAAUUAACCCUUUCUGAACCCCUCCCGCGACUGAGUAUUAACCCUUUCUGAACCCCGCUGCUACACACACAACACAGUAACGAUGGUGAGACUAAGAACGGUGCUGGUUCUGAUGAUGGGUGUGUUUGUCGGCCUCGUGUUCUCCCCGGUCUCGGUUCUGUUCCAGUUUCAAGAACUGGAGGUGUCCGCACGCCAAUUAGCCCCACCCUGCAUCGUGCACCCUGACCUCAGCUCGCCUCCUCGCCCUAGCAACGGCUCUGCCCCUCCGCUACUCAGCGAGACAAACGACGUAAUCCAUCCCCCAAAAUUCCCUCACAACCCUUGCAAACUGAGUCCGGAUGCUAACAUUACUCCGUCGGCAGACCCCAACGUUCGCUACAAGUACCUCGCCAGCGAGCUGUCGCCACGGAAACUCCUCUAUAUAGGAGUCAUAUCCAGCGCAAAGUACCUUCCCACGCGAGCGGUUGCCAUCUACAAAACAUGGGGGAAAGAGAUCAUGCCUGACAUGAACUUCUACUCGGCACCUCCAGAAGAUGGCAGUUUGAGCUACCUCCCAGUCAUAACCCUCCCUGACAUUAACGACACGCAGUAUCCUCCGCAGAAGAAGGUCUACAGGACUCUCAAAUACAUGGCCGAUAAUUUCAUCGAUAAAUACGACUUUUUCAUUCGGUCAGACGACGACGUCUACUACAGAAUGGAGAAGUUGAUGAAACUGGUAGAGGGGAUCAACCCCGCACAGGACAUCUACAUGGGGUGUCCUGGGUUCGGCAAGGAGAGCGAUAAGGACAGACUGAAGUUGGAGAAACACGAGCACUACUGUAUGGGCGGCCCGGGAGUAAUCUUCAGUCGCAGUGCUCUGCGGAGGCUGGCACCUCAUCUCGAUGCCUGUCUUGAGACGGUGGUGGUGAGCUGGAACGAGGACGUGGAAAUAGGGAGGUGUGUGAGCAAGAUGCUACAACUGCAGUGUACAUGGGCUUGGGAGACUAAACUGAUAUUCUGGACAGACUACCAGAAGAUACUCCCCACCCCCGAGCUCUACACCAGUGACGCAGUCAAGGCAACCAUUUCCCUCCACCCAAUCAAAGACCCUCUUCUCAUGUACCGCGUACAUCAGUACAUGCAGGAGCUCAGACUCCAUUACCUCAUCCAGAAGGCCUCUCGUGUCCAGGCAGAGAUCCAGAGCAUCUCCUCGCUCCUCCCGCCAACCAUGAGUCGUUACCAUGACCACCGCUGGCUGUGGUACGACCUCGGCACCAACCCCUCGUCCCGCUACGAGAUAUCCAUCUGGGAGUACUUCAACUCCACACGACUCUUCCUUAACUAUGAGCACAUGCCAGCGAUCUCUCUCCCGCCUGGCCUUAUGGCCGGGAGCAAUACCGCACUGGAGGUCCUACUGGACGUCAUGAAUUCAAUUGAUGGAAAACCACAAGCGUUUGUGCCACCUUACCAACUGUUUGACGGCUACACAAUCACCGACCAUUCCUCUGGGGUACAAUACAAUUUGCACGUGUCUGUCCAUCGUGAAGGAGAUUCGGAACCGAUCGAAUAUCUAGCGAACGUUUUCCUGCCGUUCCAAGGUGCCGGCAUGGCAACAUACAGCGAGGCUGCUACAGUGUUGGAGCAGACUGUACACGUGUUGCUAUGCGUUGCUAGGACACACGACACAACUGAAUUCUUCCAUUUCUAUGAAAAUACGUGUCUGCGCUCGGCAGCGACCCAUACACAUCUCCAUGUUGCCAUAUUUGGAACCAACCCCAAAACCGAGGGGGCAGUGGUGCGACUCCAACAGGCUUACCCCAAACACUCCAUUUCCCUCUACCCCAUGGGGGAUACUCCGUUCUCGUAUUCCCAUGGUUACGACCACAUUGCCGAAAAACUAAGCGACGACAGCUUGUUGCUUCUCUUCGAUCUAAACUUCCACUUUACAAAAGAAUUCCUCGCUCACUGUAGAAUGCUCGUUAAGAAAGGGGCGCAGGCUUUUUUCCCCGUCGCGUUCUCUUUCUACAAACCAGAGCUGAUCGAACAAUAUUCACAAAGACCUCCGAAAUCCGCCAUUACGUCUGACACUGGCUUCUUCAUUCGCUACAACUACCAGAUAGUGGCCCUGUAUCGGGCAGACUACAAUCUGAUUGGUGGGUUUGGAACCACGAGGGGGAAUUCUAACGACGAUGUGAGAUUCAUUGAUAAGGUCCUGGAGACGAAUGUCUACGCAAUGAGAGCAGUGGAACCGUACCUCCGUAAGAACUACAAGCCGCGAUCGUGUAAAGGUCUGGAGGGGAACAGUUACACUGUCUGCAUGAACUCUCGAGCAGACGCCAUCGCUAGCAAGAAGAUUCUGGGAGCAUUGGUUGCCGCUAACAACCUAAUGGACUAGGGACACCACAACAUUUUUCAACACGGUUUUUAGUCUCCAAAUUUAAUGAUUAUUCUAAACAGUUGAUUUUCCACUUCUAAUUCAUCUUCUAUCUCCUAGCAACCACUCAUCUCCUAGCAACCACUCACUGUCACUGAUCUCUCUCUGCCAUUACGUGAUCCACACUUUCUCUCCAUAUUUUGCAGCACUCCGUUUUGUACAUAUUACGAAUCUCGACGUCAGUUAACAUCAUUAUAUUUAUUGCUAAGUUGUGAGGUUUCCACGGUUAUAAAACUAUGAUCGCGC